AUGGGCUUAUUAAAUUGUAUAUUUCUCUUACUUAUUAUGUUUACUAUUGCUGUGGAUUUAAUGCCAUUCAAAGACACCGGCGACAAGGAAAUUCACAAAUUUCGAUGGGCGAAGGGUGCGCAUUUGCAAAACACAACGUGCGCCACAGCUAUAACACCACCGCAAAAUCCAAAGACUUCCCUAGAAGUUGAAAUAUGGAAUAAUGCGUUCAAAUAUAUCGUAUUUGGUGCUGUCUCAGCAGAAGAUGUAGCGGAAGAUUGUCGAAGCAAUAGUUCACUUUUUGUCCUUAUGGGUAAUCCAGGUAUAAUUUGGCAUGUUGAAAGUAAUCAAUGUAUUCAUACCAAGAUGGGCACUAUGGGACCGAAUGAUUUUUUAAAUAGCACCCACAGUAAGACAGUCAUGUUUUUUUUCUUUUCUUAGUUCGGAAUCAGUAGGAGGCUUUUCAAUAUUAAAACAAAAACUUUAUUCGAUUCGCACAUGAAAUUCAAGAGGAAAACUGUAGAUAUAGUCGUCAUUUCAAAUGAAUAUCUCAUGGGUGGAUCCAUGAGAUAUGUACUAUGAUCCGAAAAAUUGUUUUUGUCGCUUUUCUGUACUUUUCUAUGUAGCACCAAAUCAAGAGGAAAACAGCAGACUUUGGAUUUUCGGAUUUUAAAAAUCCAAAAAUUCGACAGCAAUGCCCUCUUAUAAAUGAAGGAACUUCGAACUGAAAUUUUUGCUACAUGUAGGUCUCGUGAUCCUUAGAAUAUCCUAAAAGUUUCAGCGCAAACGGAUGUUUUCUUCUGAAGACAACACAAUUGCAAGGAACACUCAUAGUUCACAGCACGGUCAGAAAAUCCGGUUUUCUUGAAAAUUGAUUAUCUUAUGAGGGGAACAUCCGGUUGCACUGAAACUUGUGAGAUAUUUUAAGGACCCCGAGGCCUACAUAUCACAAAAAUUUCAGCUCAAAAUGCCUUCAUUUACAAGAGGACAUUGCUGGUGGAUUUCGGAAUAUUUUUUGAGAUUUUCUGAAUUUUUUUUAUUUUUCAUGGAUUGGCAAUCCAGAAAAUCCGACGUUUUCCUCUUGAUCUUUUAUUUGUUUCUAUCAUGUAUACUAUUGAAGGGAGGACAAACUGGUUUCCGUGCUGAAAAUCCUUAGAAAUUACUAAUAACGCGUUCAGCGUGCGAUGAAUGACUGAAAGCUGUGACAAAAGCAUUGAAAAUCGCUGGCAGUCAUUAAAAACUCGAGAAAUCAUUAGGAACCAAUGAAAAUCAGUUUCGGUCAAAGUAAACCUUCGAUAAUUAAAUGA